CCGCGUGUAGGCGAGUCACGCGCGGCGGAGUUUCGUCCGUUGGUCUUCGCUCCGUUUCUCUCGCGGUGGGUGACGGUUUGGUCCGUUUCAUGUCGGUUUCCAGAGCCCAACUUCGCUUAGAUUAACCCACUUUACCGAAGAAUGAGCGACAACGAUGACAUCGAGGUCGACAGUGACGAAGACUCAUCGAGGUUUCACCCUGUGGCAGACAAACGGGCACACCACAAUGCGCUGGAGCGCAAACGCAGGGACCACAUCAAAGACAGCUUUCACAGCCUCCGGGAUUCUGUGCCGGCAUUGCAAGGGGAAAAGCAAUCUAUCAAACAGGCGUCUCGAGCUCAAAUCCUAGACAAAGCCACAGAGUAUAUCCAGUACAUGCGACGGAAAAACCACACACACCAGCAGGACAUCGACGACCUGAAAAGGCAGAACGCUCUGCUGGAGCAGCAAGUUCGUGCACUGGAGAAGGUCAAGGGGACCACGCAGCUACAGGCCAACUACUCGUCCUCAGACAGCAGCCUGUACACCAACCCCAAGGGCAGCGCAGUGUCAGCCUUUGACGGAGGCUCUGACUCCAGCUCUGAGUCGGAGCCAGAGGAGCCGCCCACCCGGAAGAAGAUCCGCUUGGAGGCCAGCUAAGAACGUACUUCCUCCUCAGGCUCUUCCAGGAUCUCGUAGGCUGGAGGGUGGAGGAUCUCUGCAGUGCCCUGUGCAGUGAUUUUAACCUCCCUCCACCUCUUCUGCCUCCUAGGCUCCCUCCUCCCAAGUGUGCACCAACCAGAGACUCUGUAACCUCCAGUUUGGAUGCUGGGCCAGGCUAAAGGAGGGAUGUCGACUAGGGUCGGAGGACUCGCGUCAGAAAGGCAACACACACUUCAUGUCUUUCUCUCCCUAGUAAGACCUCCCUCCUCAACUCUCUCUGUUUGUCUUACGUCCUGGCACCCACAUCCUGGCAGCAACAAACAACAACCCAAAUCUGAAAUAUGGCAGCUUUGCGAUGUAAGGACUCGAUGCUUUUUCUGUGCCCUUGUGUGUAACCCCUUCAGUAGGAACCCAAAAGGGCAAACGAGGAGUACAGCUCCAGGCACUGCUAAAAUAUUCUUUUUUGUUAUCUUCUUGUUGAAUAUGUUAAAGAAGUUGUUUAAUACUUUGAUUCAUUCUAGAAUAAUUAUUCCAAUGGACUUGUUAACCUUUCUAAAUAUUUGUACUUUUCCACAGAGGAAUGUGAACCUACUUCAAUGCAGUUAAUAAUGACUUAAGUAACCCCUUCACAGAGCAAUCAAUUAGCUGAAAAAGUGUAGUUAAAGUUUUUUCAGAAAGUUCCCAGAUUUGUGGUGUUCUUUUAGCUUUAUUUAGGGAAGAAAUGUAGCCGUCUGAAGAAAAAAAAAGUUUUAAAAGGAAUGCGUUCAGUUUGCAUUUAUAUAAUGCCAUCCCAAAAUAUGUAAUGCAGUUUGUAUGUUUCUUCUAAUUUUUGGGAGUAUAUACAUUUGGUAAAUGUUGUUUUCCCCUCAGUUAUGACAAAGAAUGUCAAAAGAUAAUAAGCUUGUUUUUUUUUUUUGUGUGAACAAAUGUAAGUGCAGACCGAAAUUUGACUUAAGCCCUGCCCUACCCCGUCCUCUCUGUGUCGCGUGUCUAGGAGAUGUAAGUAUAUUGAUUAUCACAGAUGUUCCUCUUAGUACAUAGUACAUAAUAAAUAGGUCUUUGUCUGAUUCCAUUCCAUGGAAAUUACUGGUAUGUCGUACAUACUGCCAACAAUUGUCUUGCAAGUUGAGGCCUACCUUUACUAUGAGACUAUAAAUAAAUAUUUUAUCCUUUACUAAAA